AUGGCCGACGUCAGAGUACCCCCCACGGGCGUCUUCGUCCCCGUCCCGACCUUCUUCCACCCCGCCUCCGCGUCGUCAGGCUCCCUCCAGCCCAAGGUUGACGUCGAGACGCAGGUCAAGCACAGCGUCUACCUCGCAAAGAAUGGCAUCCGCGGCCUGGUCCUCCUCGGCUCGACUGGCGAGGCCAUCCACCUGAACAAGGCCGAGCGCAUCGAGCUCGUCGCCGGCGUCAAGAAGGGCCUCGAGGAGGCCGGCUUCCCCGACUACCCCAUCAUGGCCGGUGUCCUGACGAACGGCGUCGACGAGACGCUCGAGUGGCUGGAGGACUACACUAAGGCCGGCGCGCAAUGGGGUCUGGUCCUGGUGCCGGGGUACUUUGGCACGGCGGCGAACCAGGAGAACAUCAAGGAGUGGUACAACUUGAUCGCGGACAAGAGCCCGCUGCCCAUCCUUGUGUACAACUACCCCGGCGUCACAAACAACGUCCUCGUCGAGCCCGACACGUACAAGGACCUCGCCCAGCACCCCAAGAUCGUGGGCUGCAAGAUGUCCCACGGCAACGUCUCUCUCCACCUCCAAGUCUCCUCCGACCCGCGCAUCGACCACUCCAAGUUCCGCGUUUACAGCGGCUUUGGCCAGCAGCUCGCACCCAUCGUGCUCUUCGGCGCCGCGGGCGUCAUCGACGGCCUCGCCGCCUUCUACCCCAAGACCGUCUCGCGCCUGUUCGCCCUCUCCGAGAAGCGCCCCGUCGAGCAGGGCACCCUCGAGGAGGUCCAGCGCCUGCAGUACGCCGUGUCCCGCGCGGAGGACUUCAUCGGCAAGACGGGUAUCAUCGGCAUCCGUGAGGGUAUCAUUCAAAAGGCCGGCUUCGGCGCGCUCGAGGGAGGCCGUUUGCCGCUCAAGGGACGUCUGGCUGAGGCGACGUGGAAGUCGCUGGAUGCGCUGCUGUUGUCGGAUAUCGACAAGAUUGAGAAGUCCCUGUAG